UCACAUUGAGAGGAGCUGCCACCAUGUCGACACACCUGCAGUGGAUGGUGGUGCGGAACUGCUCCAGCUUCCUCAUCAAGUGGAACCAGCAGACCUACAGCAAGGAGUCCAGCAACCUCAAGGCCCAUAACUCCUUCCGCUGCAAUGGGCUGAUCCACCGCAAGAAGGUGGGCGUGAAGCCGGUGGCCAACAGCAAAGGUGUGGUGGUCGUCAUGAAGCACAGGAAGGGCCAGCGGAAGCCGGCCACCUCCUACGUGCGCACCACCAUCAACAAGAAUACCGGGGCCACGCUGAGCAGCAUCCACCACAUGAUCCGCAAGAACAAGUACUGGCCUGACCUGCGAAUAGCCGCCAUCAACAGGGCCUGCGCCAUCCUGCACAGCCAGAAGCCGGUGAUGAUCAAGAGGAGGCUCGCCGGCCCCGCCAAGAGCUCCUGAGCAUCUGCACA